UUUUACCAGAAGUACAAUAAUUUCAACCUGUGCAGUACGAUAAUAUGGCCAAAACAAUCUGGCAACGCUGCUGUGGGCAUCACUCACGGCCAAGUCGCGCUCAGACAAAGACGGGCAGAUGGUGACCGAGUUCUUACGGCCAUGCCUACCUCAUCAAUAAACGUGUCAGGUAGAACUGCCUUUCCUCGACCCUACGAUGAUGGGUGUGAUCAGUAAAACAGAUCACCUGAGAGCCAAUUGAUGCCCAGCCGGUGCGGCUACACACACACACACACACACACAUCCUGGUCCCGCCUCAGAAGUGCUCUUAAGACUCUUGCCCAAAUCACUGAAGGGCCCACUUAGCUGCCCAGCAAUAACACCACUUGGUAUGGUACUGCAUUGCUGGCAUCAGCCGCCCACCGUACGCCACCUCGCUUGUAAACACCGCUUGCUGUAUUGCUGUCAUCAGCUACCCAACAUUCACCCCCUCAGUCUUUUUUCAAGAAAUUUACCUGAACACCUGGUACUUUCCUGCUGGUUCCGUCGCAAUCCCAUGGACAGCAGCGACACAACUCUCUAAACACAGGUGCCUGUCUUUGCCUGUUGCCCUGCACCACCCCUUCAACUCCUGGUAAACACAAGUCUCCUCAGUGACAACACUCACCAGACAUCGUCACCAUUUCCUAUUUGCCUCAUGCUUCUUCCUUCAUACUUCAAGAAUGACAGAAUACAACAUACCUGCUACACACGACAGAAUCAAUCACCAAUCCCAGCUUUUUGGUUCUUCCACAACAACAACAAAGAUUCCCUCCCUUUCCGUGCAGACUCGUUCCCACCACCCACUUGCUAGCCUGUGAGCCUCACUCUGGUUGAACCGCGGAUUUCAGAUCCUCACGUAAAUAUAAGAUAAUAUAAAUCCUGGCAUCCCCACUUGUCUCCCCGCUAAUGUUAAACCACUGGUAAACACACACACGCACAGAGAGAAAGAGAGAGAGAGUGUGGAAGGCGCACAACUGAAAGGCGUGAGUUGAUCUUGAUCGCCUUCCCAGCUAGUCAGACGGGACCCACAUUCUGCACAAGUGACGAGAUUCCGAGAAAAAGAGAAACAAGGAAACAGAAGACCUAGAGAGUGAGAAGGGACACGCGAGGCAGUGCCGCUUCAGAGGCAGCACUUCCCACUACAUCUUGACUCAGACAGGAAUGUGAGGAGCAGCAUGCGGCCGAGGGUGGAGCUGGAGGCCGUGGCAGGGGAGGUCUGGCCCGGCGGGUACGACUUGACACCCCACAAGACAUCCAAGAAACUAGUGUCAGUUCUGGAUGUCAUUGGCACCGGCCACUCCCAGGUGUCGGCACUGAGCUGCCACGGGUCCUACCUGGCCACCGUGACCCACGAGCCUGGCACCAACCUGGUCUUCAUCGUCAGUGUGUCAAAUAAUAAAUUCUACUUGUUGAAGCGAAUGGUGGAGCAGUGCACAGCCUUACUCUUCCACCCACACCAGGAGACGCAGCUGUUCCUUGCCUCGGCCUCCUGCAAGGUGUACAGCAUCAAUGUGGAGGACGGGUCAGUGGUGGUGAUGCAGGGUCACAGUUUGCCAGUGGUGGGGGUGGAGGCCGGGUUGAGGUCGCCAGUGGUGCUCACAUUCAACCCCCAGGAGGUGCUGCUGUGGUCGUGGCCCUCCAUGGCCCUCACCAACCGUCUGCGCCAACAGGAACCUCUGCCUGUUGUCUGGGCAGGACACGUGUGGCAGAGGGAUGAGUUGGUGGUGGCGUACUCCUGUGGCAGUGUGUUGCUGUGGCCGGGCCGGAGAGCCACCACAGAGGUCCACAUCGAGCCUCCUGAGGGCCUGGUGCUGGAGUUCAGGGCCUUUGCUGCAUCAAGAGGAGGCGAGUGGCUGGUGGGGGGCGGCCAGAGUCACCUAUUUGUAACCUAUUGCCUAACGAGCAGGUGUGUGGCCCAGGUGGUGCAGCUUCCCUCCUCCUGCACUGAUGUCUUCAGGUGCUUCUUUCUACCUGCUGUCUGUCCUAAUUAUCCACAGGUGCUUGCCGUGCUGACGUCUCGGGGAGUGCUGAACAUUAUUGACUUCACCAACACCACCAAGCUGAAGACUCUGAGGGCACAGCGGCACUUGAUAGACUCAGUAUCUGUGAGUGAGUGCAGUGGCUUCCUUGGGGUGACUUAUGAUAACAGUACCACCAAGGUGUACCCACUGAGGGCCCUCCUCCCUGUUGCGGCCCCAGGAGAGGUGCAGCCAGCAGUGUUAGCCAAGGAGGAGGUGGCUUUUCAGAUUGUGGAGGAGAGGAAGAAGGAGCAGCAGCAGCAGGAGAAGGAGGAAGACAGGAAGAAAGCUGUUGUGAAAGAUGUACAGGAGCUGCUGGACAAGAACAAGUGGUGUCGCAUCUUGCUUGAGUUUGGUUCCUUCCCUGAGAAGUACCGACGAGUGAUCUGGGCAUCAGUGCUAGAGCUGCCAAGGAACUAUUCGGUGUUCAGUGCCCUGCUGGACAAGGGAACUCACCCAGCCUACCAGGAGCUUGGGGAGACCUUGCAACUGUCUGACGGUGGACUGUUUAAGGCUUUGCAGAGAACACUAUCCUGCUUGGCUCACUGGGCACCUUUCCUCGCCAAGGUGUGUUACCUGCCAGAACUUGUGUUUCCCUUCGUUAAAGUGUACAGGACUAACCCUCUCCUGGCCUUUGAAGUCACUGCCACUGUCAUAUUGAAUUGGUGUCGCCUGUGGUUUGAGUUCUGGCCGUCAGCGGGGGUGACAGUGCUGAACCUGGUGGAGCAGCUGGUGUGUGAGGCCGACCCAUCCCUCCUCGCCCACCUUAUGCGCCUCAGGGUGACGGCCGAGUGCUACGCCUGGCCCCUCUUCACGUCUGCCUUCUCCAGAGUGGUAUCAAGCAGUGACUGGCUGGUGCUGUGGGACCACCUCUUGUCCAGCCCGCCCUCCCUUCUGCCCUGUGUGGCCGCCGCCUUCACCCUUGCCUCCCGCCACUCCCUCCUCUCUUGCACUGAUGCCCAGGAGGUGGAGCUGUACUACCAGCAAGAGUCAUGGGUGUCUGUCAAGAAGGUGGUGGACCAGGCUUAUGAUCUACACCGGCAGAAGAAGAAGGUUUACUCUCUCAAUAAAGUGUGUGGGGACUUCACGCCUCUUCCGUCUGGUGGUCUUCCACUCUUCAACAUCGCCCCAAGACCUGCAUCUGCUUCUGCUUCUACUCAGGAAGAAAAUAGAAGACCACAAACAUUGAGAAGCCCCACUACCACCACCACCACCACCACCACUCCCCGCCAUGCCUCCCCAUACCCUUCCCCAACCUCCUUUAAGCCAAAAAAUUCCCACCAGUCGGAACAAGAGGAGAUGGUGUACGUGAUUGGCCGGCAGGAGUUGCAGCAGCAGGAGGAGCAGUGUCUGGACAGCAUCAUGAAGCUGCGGCAGCGACACCUGGCUGCCGGCUUGACCUGAGUGUGCCCUCCAUGGCCUGCAGGUUGUGCCAUGUCACCCUGGUGCCACACACUGAAUGAAAUGAUUAGUUAAGUAAGGAGCACUCUGCAAGUAACAUAUAAUGAAAACUAAGGCUCAUAUUUGUGUUUUUUUAAUUGGUGUGAUAUUGAACUGAAACAUAUCAUUAAUUUUGAAUGCUGUGGGUAUUUCAAUUUUUAUGUAUUUUUUAUUUCUGAGAACAUAAGCAAAAUAUAUAAAGAAAAUGGUUAUGCUAGUUUAUAAAUUCACUACAGUUUUGCAUGUAUUAAUAUUAAGAAAAAAUGAUUUGUGUAGUUAUUGAGUCACUCUUCAUGUUACACAGAAGCAUUUUUCUGUAUAAACUUAAAGCUUGAUUGAUUGUUUGAAAAAAUAAUAAAUAAAGAAGAAGUUGCUGUCAAAUAAACGUGAAGGCUGAUGAGUAAACCUCCAAAAUGUUCUUAAAUUUACCACAAAACAUCUAUAAUUUAACACAUAAUGCCUAUGAAUCUCCCAAAUACCUUUAUAAUUUAUGAUAUUGUAGCUUAUAUCCAUACUACACCCAUACAAAUGCACACAGGAGCUUUAGUUUUGAUUUGAGGUAACCUGCAGAGUGCUCCCUUCAGAAACACAACUCUGUACAAAACUGGUGAUACUCCUACUCAUGCUCACUGUACAAAGGUCACUCACUCAUCCAUGCUCAGGUUCAUCUGUUAAUUAUAACUCUUCAUCUGUCAGUUGCAGUAGUAAAAUUUUUGAAGUUCACCGGGAUAAGUUGAGAGUAAGUUGCUUUUUGUUCCAUGGCUUCAGUGCACUGCUAGACAAAUUUUCUUUAAUGCCUGCAAGUUUUCAUACAUUAUUUUCAUGCUAAGCUCUCGUCAAUAUUUCUGCAGCGUAAAAAGGACAAAAUUACUUUCUGUUUUCCUGCUUUUCUCUCUUGUGUCUCCAUACAGUUUCCACAGUGCCAGGGAAAUUAAUGAAAUGUAACCAUUGCAGUCAAAGAGUUAACAUUUAAGAGCAUAUGUUCAUUAUUAUUCACUAUGUUCAUUAUUAUUCACUAUGUUGACUAUUGUCCACUGAUGUUUAAAAGCUCAGUCCUUAUUACUGUUAGGACUGGGAACAUUUUUACCCCGUAGAGUGUUGACAGCAAUUCCUUUUAUUAGUAACAUUACUUAGCUUAAGGAAAUGCCUUGAAAUAUUUUAUGAUAUUGAAAUAUAUAAUUGAAUUCACUUGA